GAAGGAAACGUGCUGUACAGUUUGGGAAGUGGAGCAGGCGGUUUCUCCCACACGUGUUUGCGCGGUAGCAGCUACAAGGUGGGGUGUAAUGCUCCAUGAAUAGAAGAAAGCUCGCAGGAUAAACUUCAACUGUGAAGACAUUACUUGACGCCUGUUAGCUGUUCGAUGCCACUAUGAAGUACAUCCUGGUCACAGGUGGUGUUAUAUCCGGUAUUGGCAAGGGCAUCAUUGCUAGCAGUGUUGGUACCAUCCUGAAGUCCUGCGGUCUUCGUGUCACAGCCAUCAAAAUUGAUCCAUAUAUCAAUAUUGAUGCUGGAACUUUUUCGCCUUAUGAACACGGUGAAGUGUUUGUUCUAGAUGAUGGCGGUGAGGUAGAUCUAGACCUGGGAAACUACGAGCGUUUUUUAGACAUCCGCCUUACCAAAGACAACAACCUUACCACGGGAAAGAUCUACCAGUCGGUAAUCAACAAGGAGAGGAGAGGAGACUACCUGGGCAAGACGGUACAAGUGGUACCGCACAUCACAGAUGCCAUCCAGGAGUGGGUAAUGAAGCAGGCUAGAGUUUCAGUAGAUGAGGACGGUGUGGAGCCUCAAAUUUGUGUGAUAGAGCUGGGUGGAACAGUAGGGGACAUCGAGAGCAUGCCUUUCAUUGAGGCCUUCAGACAGUUUCAGUUCAAGGUUAAGAAAGAAAACUUCUGCAACAUCCAUGUCAGCUUGAUACCACAGCCAAGUGCCACAGGCGAGCAGAAAUCCAAACCGACCCAGAACAGCGUCCGGGAGCUCAGAGGGCUGGGCUUGUCUCCAGACUUGAUUAUGUGCCGGUGUACAACGCCCCUGCAAACAUCUGUCAAGGAGAAGAUCUCCAUGUUUUGUCAUGUGGAGCCGACACAGGUGAUCUGUGUCCAUGAUGUAUCCUGCAUUUAUAGAGUUCCCCUGCUGCUGGAGAACCAGGGUGUUGUGAACUACUUCUCUGAUCGGCUCAACCUGUCUAUCGGGCUGAGACCCAGAAAGCUGCUGUCAAAGUGGAAAGAGAUGGCUGACAGAUCGGACCGUUUCUUGGAACAUGUGUCCAUAGCCCUGGUGGGAAAAUACACCAAGUUAUCUGACUCCUACGCGUCCGUUAUUAAGUCUCUAGAGCACUCAGCCCUCGCCAUUAAUCACAAACUUGAGGUCAAGUACAUAGACUCAUCAGACUUGGAGGCUGGCACUCUGAAAGAUGAGCCAGUGAAAUAUCACGAGGCCUGGCAAAAACUCUGCAGUGCUCAUGGCGUUUUGGUACCAGGAGGUUUUGGUGUAAGAGGGACAGAAGGCAAGAUGCUGGCUAUCAAAUGGGCAAGGACGCAAAAUAAGCCGUUCCUGGGGGUAUGCUUGGGCAUGCAGCUGGCAGUGUGCGAGUUUGCCCGGAACGUACUCGGCUGGGAAGAUGCCAACUCUACGGAAUUUAAUCCAGAGUCCAAAUACCCUGUGGUGAUUGACAUGCCAGAGCACAACCCAGGGCAGAUGGGUGGAACUAUGAGGUUGGGGAAGAGGCGGACCAUUUUCAAAUCCAGCCCCAGUGUACUGAGGAAACUGUACGGAGGUGUGGAAUAUGUUGAAGAGAGGCACAGACACAGAUUUGAGGUCAAUCCAGAGCUGAAGCACCACUUUGAAAAAAAGGGAUUUCGGUUUGUUGGCCAGGAUGUGGAAGGAGAGAGGAUGGAGGUCAUUGAACUGGACGAUCAUUGUUACUUUGUUGGAGUGCAGUACCAUCCAGAGUUCACCUCCAGACCCAUCAAACCUUCUCCUCCGUACUUUGGUCUCCUGUUGGCUGCGGCAGGAAAGCUCCCAGGCUACCUAGCCAAGGGCUGUCGUCUUUCUCCACGGGACACUUACAGCGACUGCAGCGGUAGCAGCUCUCCUGAAGUGGACAUCUCUGACUUCCCCUCUUUCUAGGUGUUUACUACAGUGUCACCCACACGGAUAAGUGUUAGGUCUCAAACUGAUUUUACAAAACCAAAAUGUAUAUUAAACACUGACCGGUACAAUAUGUUGGUAACUUGUACUGUAAAUAUAUCUUGUCUUCAGGGAUUGUAAAAGGUAAAGGAACUCCAUUAACACUUGUGGUGCUGCAAUAAGCAAACUGUUGCUGUCUUUUUUUUUUUUUUUUUUUAAGAAAAUACCUUCUUUUGAGGGGGAGCUUGAUUGAAAUGUUUGGCGUAGCGUAGCUGCCCAGGGAAUGUUUGUUGAAUAAAUUAGGAAUAGGAAAGUGUUCUUUUGGAAAUGCUACUUUGCAGUUGAGCACAUAAGCUCAUGUCUAACUCAGAAACUUCAGUAACAGAAGUGGUUGGAGUUGCAGUCUGUUUAAUUGGAUUCUUGUCUUCACAUAAGUUCAACCCAAUGUAUGAAAACAAUGCUAAAAGUGCAUGCAGUUAUUUGUGACAUCUCCAUUUGCUGCCUUUUUAUCAAGGAAAUCCAUUGUGUUAUUUAUAAAUUAACCCCUUUGAGAUGCUUGUCACUGUGUGUUUUACAGCUUUAUUUGAUGAGUUUCUACUAAUUGUUUUAAUGCCAUUGUUGUUUUUUAAUAUUUCUUUUUGCAUUCAAACGUGGACAGGGAAGAUAAUGUUUGUGACUGCUACGACAUUUCUGCAGUUUCUGCAAUGCAGUUCAAUGAAUAAGGGAAAAGGAAGAUUAUUUCCUUUUAUUUUUUCUCCCAUUGCUCUUUGCUACCUUAUCUGAUCCAGAACAACCUAAAUGAAUUAUGCUGGUGCACGGUCAUGUGAGAGUCUGACCCUUGAGUCAUCUCUAAGAAAACAACUACGCUGGGCAUCUGAAAAUUGAUACACACGAUUUCAGUUUUGUUCUGUGCUGCUUGUAUGAAUAUAUGCCCUUGCUUCUGCUUCUCUCCUCUCCUCCUGCUCUUCUGUCCCACCGCCCUCUUUUUACUGACACUAAGCAGCUGGCCCCUCUACAAUGAGCUGGACUCUGCUCAAGGUUUCUUCCCGCUAAAAGUGAGUAUUUACGUGCUUCCGUUGCCUUAGUGCCUGCUCUGGCCUCUGUAAAGAAGACCAGAGACAAUUUAGAGUGAAGCUUUAUAAAUAAAAUUCAAUGGAUCUGUGAAGGUUUUCAGUCAUUCAGGUCACAUCUACAAGUUCAGUUUCAGGCUUUUUUGAAAAUGUCAUUGAAUUUUAUCUCAGUUUUUGUGGCAGGCAUUUACAAAUCACAGACCGACUUAUGAGUGUGUUUUUUUUUUUUUUUUCGUUUUUUUUUUUUUCUCAGACUUGAAUAAAAUGCCAUUUACUGUUAUGGAAUUAACUUGUGAUGUUGUGAAGGUGCUUCAAUAAAAAUCUAACUUUCUCAUUGCAAA